GCGUCUGCAGUCCCGCGAUGGACACACCACGUGAUUUAUUCCGACCAAUCACUGACCGGUAACAUCAGGCCGAGCGCGCGUCCGUUAGUGGAGAGAAGAUAGGACACCGGAGGCGGCAGGAAGACGGAUAAAGGCCGGUGACAAAGUGCUCAGAAAUCCCCAAAAAUCCAACAGAGAUGUCGGAGGAAAAGCCAAAGGAGGGAGUCAAGACGGAGAACGAUCACAUCAAUCUCAAGGUUGCAGGGCAGGAUGGGUCCGUUGUCCAGUUCAAAAUCAAAAGACACACACCGCUCAGCAAACUAAUGAAGGCGUACUGUGAACGGCAGGGUCUCUCAAUAAGACAGAUCAGGUUCAGGUUUGAUGGCCAGCCCAUUAAUGAGACGGAUACACCUGCACAGCUGGAGAUGGAAGAUGAAGACACCAUAGAUGUUUUCCAGCAGCAGACAGGCGGGCGCUGCUAAGCCCCACCCACCUCAUUGUCGACCAUGCCCUCAACCAUCUUCACCGUCUCUUUCCCCGCUUCUCCUCACAACUUUAUUAUAUCAUUAUUGAUUACUAUUAUUGUUGUUAUUUCCUCUGCUUCACAGUGCCCAUGACUCCUCAGCUGUUAAAGUCAGGACUGAACCUUCGUGUUCACGGUCCCUCUGCUGGCCAAAUGGGACUAGAUUUCCCUUCUGGUGAAGCGGGCUGUGAUUGGACCAGCAGCUUCUCAGAGUUGCUUCUGGUGGUUCAGUGAAAGCUCAGUAUCCAGUACUUUGGUUGUUAUCGAUUGGUGUUUUUUUUUUUUUUUUUGUAUUUUUUUUCCUGGUGGGCAUUAAAAACAUGUCUGCAAUGCGUAGACAUGUGCUCGCCAUUUCACUGCUUUUCUGUCAAAAUUGAACUUUAAUUGUCUUUAAUUGUAUUUCAGGAGCUUCUGCAUUAUUAUUAUUUUGUAUUUUUGACUCCCGUUUUAAAAACCGAACACCCUCGGAGCUUGUAAUAUGUUUCCUUCUGUACAGAAAUAGAACAGAUGUUAGAUUAUUGUAGUGGGGUUUAAACCAACAAUCCAAAGACGAAACAUUAGCUUCAUAUUUAACGUGUCCCUAUUAUCAAGGUUCAAACUCAUGUCUUUUGCUUUUAUUUAAGCUUGUUUUAGGUGUAUCUGCAGUACGGGAGGUUGUUGGCUCAGGCAUGAUGCUUGUUCAGGGGAUAAAGUAACUGCUACUGAGCUGCGUCCUUAGUUGGACCAAACUGGGGUUUAGCUGUGUCGGAUUCAUCCCCACAAGGAUGCGUGCAACUUUUGACCAAGAAGCAGGCCGCUUCUUCUCCUUGUGAUGAUUUUAGUGAGUGGCUCUGCCUCUGGGAGCAGCUUUGUCACAUCUGUGUUGUCGGGACACGCGGAGCGACAGGACGGCUGAUACUAGAUGUGCUCUGCAGACAAACCGCUUCCAUCGUUAUCGUUUUUCAUGCUGUACUGCUGAGAAUAACACCUUGUGGUGUGUGUAUCUAAUUCUACUUGCUUUGCUGCAGUGUUACAGUGGAGAUAUCUCAAAUGCUGUUUGGUCAGCCGGUAAACCUCUGGGAGUCGUGUGUUCUGUGCUCACAUGGCCCAUUUUUUUCCUACAAGGGUCUCGAAGUUAGCUUCAGUUUAUCCUUUUUUGGGUUGGAAACAAAAGUUCUUUUUCUUUUGGUUUUGAAAUUCGUCUGAUCUCCCUGAGCUCAAAGCUUGCAAAAAUAUGAAUUGAAGUGUAGAACUGUUUUGAGCUUAACGGUUGUCCAGUAAGGCUCUGUGUCGUGGACGGGUUCAAGGCUGCACUUCUAACAUGAAUAUUAACACAACGUCAAAAAAAAAAAAUCCUCUGUUUAAUCACUCGUAUAAGAAAAUGAAUUUUCUGUUCUGUCUUCAUCUACCUGAGCUCUGGUUUUACAUAUUCUUUAUCAAACAUUGAAUCCAGUGUCCAGUUUUUAAAUGAAUAUUUAAUACCCGCAGUUAACUAUUUAAAAUACUCGUUUUACUGUUCAGAACCCAGCUCAGUCUUAGUUCAAAAGCAUCUGGCACACUUUAGUGGCACAGAAGCGUGGUAGAUCUUUGUGCACAAACUAGUUACAAGAAGUGAUUUCAGCUUUCCUCGCUAAAAUAAGAGCACAUUCAUCAUUAUGCCUACAAAUUAGCCUUCCACGUUCUUUCAUUUUAGCAAGAGUAAUCAGGACAGAGGGGCGUUCAGAUCAACUUCACUGUUAUGUAUGAAGAACAGGGUCCAGGUCUUGUCAUGUUUCUCUACUGAAUUGUACAUUAUUUGUUGUCUUUUACUACUGUAUACAAUAAAUAUAGUUUGGUACUCAGA